CGACCAGCUGCGUUGUUUUGCUGCUGAGACAACUAACUAGCUAGCUAGCUAGCCAUCCAUCCAGCGGUGCUAGCAAACAAACAAUAAACUGAAUAUGGCUGGAACUUCUUCAGUAGCUGGUGAAGUAUUUGUCGAUGCCCUACCGUAUUUUGACCAGGGUUAUGAUGCAGCGGGCGUGAGAGAGGCGGCUGCAGCCUUGGUAGAGGAGGAGACUCGCCGAUACAGACCCACCAAGAACUACCUCAGUUAUAUGCCAACACCUGAUUUCACUACAUUUGAAACUGAAAUCAUGAGGAACGAGUUUGAGAGGCUAGCAGCCCGGCAGCCCCUGGAACUUCUCAGCAUGAAGAGAUAUGAGCUUCCAGCUCCAUCAUCAGGGCAGAAGAAUGACAUCACUGCAUGGCAGGAGAGUGUGAACAACUCCAUGGCUCAGCUGGAGCAUCAAGCAGUGCGCAUUGAGAACCUGGAACUUAUGGCACACUACGGUACCAAUGCAUGGAAGGUCUACAAUGAUAACCUGGCCUUUAUGAUUGAAUUGGCUCAAAAAGAACUACAGAAAUGUAGAAAGCAGAUUCAGGACUUGAACUGGCAACGGAAGAAUGAUCAGCUUGCAGGCGGGGCCAAGCUGAGAGAGCUGGAGUCAAAUUGGGUGUCCCUCGUAAGUAAGAACUAUGAGAUUGAACGUGCCAUCGUCCAGUUGGAGAAUGAAGUUGGACAGCUCAAACAGCAGCAUGGUGACGAGAACAAGGAAAACAUUCGACAGGACUUCUAGAAACAGAACCUUGCAGAAGAGACAUUUUACAAGAAAGGAAAUGUUGAGCUUGCAGCUGAGAACAACGAAAACCAAUGUGAAAAGAACAGGACUGUCCCUCAAGUUUAAGAACCUAGUUGCCUUGGCUAUACAGCUUUACAUUAGUCUCAGACAGUGACCGCUGAAAAACUGUUGAUCAUGUGUAGAGCAUAUUUGGUGUACCUCGAUCACUUCAGAGGGGAAGUCUGAUUUUGUGUUUAUUUUUUAUUUUUUAUCAAUGCUUGUCAAUUUGAGUAAUUCUAAAAUGAGGUAGUUAAUAACUAAUGAUGCGGUCUACAAAAGUCACUUGAUUUCUUAACAUAAGUACAAUUGAAGUUGGAAGUUUACAUCUUAGCCAAAUAUAUUUAAACUCAGUUUUUCACAAUUCCUGACAUUUUAAUCCCUGUUAAAAAUGCCCUGUUUUAUGUCAGUUAUGAUCACCACUUUAUUUAAAAAAUGUGAAAUGUCAGAA